GUUAAUCCCUAUAUAUAUAUUAAUUAACAUCAACAUCGUUUUAGGGUUUUUUCUUUCAGCCGGCCAUGGAUCAUUCGGAUGAUGAGAUAAUGUAUAUCGACUCGGAAGAGGAGAAUCUUCCCAGCAAUGAUGAAGAUAGAGACUCUGAUGAUAACUACGACGGAUUAGCUGAUCAUCAUGACGAUCACAUGAAACGAUCUCAGAAAAGUUACGUAGUUCUCAAGGAAGAAGACAUCCGCAAGCAUCAAAGAGACGACAUCGAACGAGUUUCCACGGCUCUCUCUAUAAGCCAAGUCGAAGCGAUCGCUCUGCUACUUCACUAUCAAUGGAGCGUUAGUAAAGUCGAAGAUGAAUGGUUUACGGACGAAGAGAAAACCCGUGAAACCGUUGGUAUACUGAAGGAGCCUGUCGUUGAUCUUAAAGGUGAAAAAGAAAUCGAAUGUGGGAUUUGCUUCGAGUUAUACACUCGAGGGGAAAUCGAAAGGGUUUCUUGUGGUCAUCCUUAUUGCAUUACUUGCUGGACUGGUUACAUCACUACCAAAAUCGAAGACAGUUCGGGAUGUUUGAGAGUUACAUGUCCCGAGCCUUCUUGUUCCGCUGCUGUUGGUCAAGACCUGAUCGAUAAGAUCGCUAAGAAAGAACAUAAGGAGAAGUAUUAUACGUAUUUUCUUAGGUCUUAUGUCGAAGAAGGGAAGAAGUUUAAAUGGUGUCCAUCACCGGGAUGCGAAUACGCGGUUGAUUUUGGUGGAAGUAGUACUAGUAAUUACGAUGUUUCUUGUUUGUGUUCGUUUAAGUUUUGCUGGGAUUGCUGUGAAGACGCUCAUAGUCCUGUGGAUUGUGAUACGGUGUCAAAGUGGUUACUAAAGAACAGAGAUGAGUCCGAGAACACGAAUUGGAUACUUGCUAAGACAAAGCCUUGUCCUGAAUGCAAGCGUCCGAUCGAGAAGAACCAAGGAUGUAGCCAUAUGUCAUGCUCAGCUCCGUGUAGAUUUCAGUUUUGUUGGAUUUGCCUUAAACCAUGGAGCGGUCACGCGGCUUGCAAUGUGUUUAAAGAAGACAAUGAGGAUGAAACUAAGAGAAAAAGGGCUGAAGAAGCGAUCGAUAGAUACCACCAUUAUUACGAAAGAUGGGAAUUCAAUCAAUCGUCGAGGCUCACGGCUGCAAGUGAUCUGGAGAAAUGGCAAUCGAUGUGGCUUAAGGAGCUUAGUGAAAUAUUGGGCACACCAGAAACUCAGCUCCAGUUCACUGUAGAGGCAUGGCUUCAGUANGGUCAAGACCUGAUCGAUAAGAUCGCUAAGAAAGAACAUAAGGAGAAGUAUUAUACGUAUUUUCUUAGGUCUUAUGUCGAAGAAGGGAAGAAGUUUAAAUGGUGUCCAUCACCGGGAUGCGAAUACGCGGUUGAUUUUGGUGGAAGUAGUACUAGUAAUUACGAUGUUUCUUGUUUGUGUUCGUUUAAGUUUUGCUGGGAUUGCUGUGAAGACGCUCAUAGUCCUGUGGAUUGUGAUACGGUGUCAAAGUGGUUACUAAAGAACAGAGAUGAGUCCGAGAACACGAAUUGGAUACUUGCUAAGACAAAGCCUUGUCCUGAAUGCAAGCGUCCGAUCGAGAAGAACCAAGGAUGUAGCCAUAUGUCAUGCUCAGCUCCGUGUAGAUUUCAGUUUUGUUGGAUUUGCCUUAAACCAUGGAGCGGUCACGCGGCUUGCAAUGUGUUUAAAGAAGACAAUGAGGAUGAAACUAAGAGAAAAAGGGCUGAAGAAGCGAUCGAUAGAUACCACCAUUAUUACGAAAGAUGGGAAUUCAAUCAAUCGUCGAGGCUCACGGCUGCAAGUGAUCUGGAGAAAUGGCAAUCGAUGUGGCUUAAGGAGCUUAGUGAAAUAUUGGGCACACCAGAAACUCAGCUCCAGUUCACUGUAGAGGCAUGGCUUCAGAUCAUCGAAUGUAGAAGGGUCUUGAAAUGGACCUAUGCAUUUGGAUACUACCUAAUUAAUCAUGAACCCUCUAAACAACACUUUUUCGAGUAUUUGCAAGGAGAGGCGGAAACUGGUUUGGGUAGACUUCACAAAUGUGCAGAAGAGAAAUUGAAACAGUUUAUCGCUAAAACUAAAGAUCCAAAAAAACAUUUUAUGAAGUUCCAGGCAAAGUUAAUUAGUUUGACUAAAACAACCAAAUCCUACUUCGAAAAUUUGGUGAAUGCGCUGGAGAAUGGUCUUACUGAUGUGACACACAAUGAAAUCAUCAAAUCCACACAAGGAUAUGGAUCUAGUAUCAAAAGACGUAAGGUGAUAAAGGCUAGAAGAGUGGGUUAA